UUUCAUACUCCUCCAAGGGACAUCUCAGCAUCCACUUUAUGAAAAUGAAGGGGUGGGGGGAGUUCUCAGUGAUUUGGCCAAGGACCCCAGUGGAGGAGUGAGGGAUAUUCAAACCCAAGCUUGACUCUUGAGUCCAGAGGGCAAUUGACACUGUGUGCCCACGGCGGCAUACCAGACGCUUCACAUAGAGCCUCCAACACCCCUGGCUGGGGAUGGAGCAGGGAGGGCAUUUAGACCUGGGCUUCGUGGAAGGGAGGCCGCGUCCGGGAACGCCCCCUUCAGCAUGCCCAUCCCCUGUCCGCAGGCCAGCGCGCGGCAGCCAUGGUGAGCGAGUGCCCGGGUCCCGGAGCCCGGGUCCCCUGGCGGCGAAGCGACGAGGCGCUGCGCGUGAACGUGGGCGGCGUGCGGCGGCGGCUCAGCGCCCGCGCCCUGGCGCGCUUCCCGGGCACGCGGCUGGGCCGCCUGCAGGCCGCGGCGUCGGAGGAGCAGGCGCGACGCCUGUGCGACGACUACGAUGCGGCGACGCGCGAGUUCUACUUCGAUCGGCACCCGGGCUUCUUCCUGAGCCUGCUGCACUUCUACCGCACCGGCCGCCUGCACGUGCUUGACGAGCAGUGCGUCUUCGCCUUCGGCCAGGAGGCCGACUACUGGGGUCUGGGCGAGAGCGCGCUGGCCACGUGCUGCCGCGCGCGCUACCUGGAGCGGCGCGUGGCACGACCGCGCGUCUGGGACGAGGACAGCGACACGCUGAGCAGCGUGGACCCGUGCCCCGAAGAGAUCUCUGACGUGCGGCGAGAGCUGGCGCGCUACGGGGCGGUGCGCUGCGGCCGCCUGCGCCGCCGACUCUGGCUCACCAUGGAGAACCCGGGCUACUCGCUGCCCAGCAAGCUCUUCAGCUGCGUCUCCAUCGGCGUGGUGCUCGCCUCCAUCGCCGCCAUGUGCAUUCACAGCCUGCCCGAGUACCAGGCCCGCGAGGCAGCGGCCGCCGUGGCCGCGGUGGCCGCGGGCCGCAGGGCGGAAGGCUUGCGCGACGACCCGGUGCUGCGGCGCCUGGAGUACUUCUGCAUCGCCUGGUUCAGCUUCGAGGUGUCGUCGCGCCUCCUGCUGGCGCCCAGCACGCGCAACUUCUUCUGCCACCCGCUCAACCUCAUCGACAUCGUGUCCGUGCUGCCUUUCUAUCUCACGCUGCUGGCUGGCGUGGCGCUCCGAGACCGGCGCGGAGCGGGUGGCGAGGAGCUGGGCGACCUGGGCAAGGUGGUGCAGGUGUUCCGCCUGAUGCGCAUCUUCCGCGUGCUCAAGUUGGCGCGCCACUCCACGGGGCUGCGCUCGCUGGGUGCAACGCUCAAGCACAGCUACCGUGAGGUGGGCAUCUUGCUGCUGUACCUGGCCGUGGGUGUGUCUGUGUUCUCCUGCGUGGCCUACACAGCCGAGAAGGAGGAGGAUGUGGGCUUUGACACCAUCCCGGCCUGCUGGUGGUGGGGCACGGUGAGCAUGACCACCGUGGGCUACGGGGAUGUGGUGCCGGUGACCGUGGCCGGCAAGCUGGCGGCGGCGGGCUGCAUCCUCGGGGGCAUCCUGGUGGUGGCGCUUCCCAUCACCAUCAUCUUCAACAAGUUCUCCCACUUCUACCGACGCCAGAAGGCCCUGGAGGCUGCCGUGCGCCACAGCGACCACUGGGACUUUGAGGACUUGCUGAGCGGCGUUGACGGCGUGUCGGAGGCGUCUCUGGAGACCUCCCGAGAGACCUCCCAGGAGGGCAGAUCUGAAGACCUGGAGGCUCAGGCCACUAGUGGGCCUCCGAACCCUCAGGUUUCUUAAACCCGGGGCUCCACGCCCCCCUUCCCACAACCCCUGCAGUGAGCUGAAACAGAGCAGAGAUUCCUCCCCUGCUUCAGUUCUUCCUGGUGGCAUGACCUCUCGGUAUCACUCACUGUGGCUUCAGAAGUGACACCCGGAGGCCGGGUCCUUUCCUCCAAAGGCUCAGGGAAGCCUAGUGUGGCCCUAGAUUCUGUGAGCGUGGGGAGCAACGCAGAGACCUUUAUAAACGAGCCUCCAGGCCACCC